CAGAUGCGUUUUUAUAUUAUAUAAUAAUGAGUCGUUUUGGUCAUGUUCUAUUCGUAUGCAUCGAUUGGUGACGCCUACUAUAGCGAGCAAGCUUCGAAAUUCCGACCGCACGUGAAGGCAGGCUGCUUCCAUCAACACGCUGUUGUGAAUUAACUUCAGUUUGCUUCGUCUCCGGCUGCCAACUCGGAAACUGUAGUUCCACUACAGAAAGACGAGAUUUAUCCCCAAGCAAAGAAUCGACUGAGAAUGAAGUUAUCCGUAAUUCGCAGGGCUUGCGGCAGCCUUCGGAACCAUCCGUUGAGUCAUGGAAACCGGGUCAGUGUGUCGUCGCGGAGAUGCCCGCUGGCCGGUCCGACCGUCUUGGUCCGAACUGCGAGCACGGCUGCCGGCAGCGUCACCAAGACAAAAGGAAGCUACUUCACCAAAGAAGACACCGUUCAGAUCAACAGCCUUAUACGAGAUGCCAUUGAUAUUCCCAAGAAGUCCUUGGCGACUCUCCAUCAAAGAAAUCCACAAGUGCAGCCUCUUCUGGCCAUCGUUCAGGGCGAUGAGGAUGACCGUUCGUUGGAGAUUACCAAGAAAAUGGCAGGAAAGAUUGGCGUCAACGUCACCCAGAUUUGUUUAGCAAAGGACUUCACUGAAGAUGAAAUCAUAGAGGAGCUGUUGAAGCUGAACGAGGACCCCAAGGUGCACGGGAUCUACCUGCACCUUCCCUCUGCCAGUCUCACAGACCGAGUGCUCAACACCCUGAAGCCUGAAAAGGACAUAGAUGGGGUGUCAUACUCGAACAUUGGACGUCUCUUUCAAGAUGAUAAUAGCAGAGGCUUUGUGCCACCAGCAGUCAGCGCUGUUGUGUCAGAGUUGGAGAAACAUGACGUUCUGUCUGAGGGGAAAACUGUGCUGCUUGUCGGAUCUGAAGGACCCCUGGGAUUGGCCCUGCAGUCUCAAAUAGAAAGAAGGGGAAACGUGAUUUUCAAGUGUAAAUCAAAUUCAAAGAGUCUUCAGAGACAGAUGAUGCAAGCGGAUGCGGUGGUCCUGUGUGGAGCAGGAAACGAUGUCCCUCCUUCCUGGAUCCGACCAGGAGUGCCAUUUAUCAAGUGCGAGUCUGCACUGGAUACUGAUGACUUCAGCUCAGAGAGCUCCUGCUUACUUUACAACACUGCAGUGCACAGGAUACAGAAUGUUGUUCAUAGUAGCAGCAGGUGGCAAAAAGAGCAACAGUACCGACCGUGGAAGCUGCGCGGCCUCAAACUUCAGCCCCUCACACCCGUACCAAGUGACAUUGAGAUUUCCAGAGCCCAAACACCAAAGUCGGUCAACCAGCUGGCUGAAGAGAUCGGCUUGUUACCUGAGGAGCUUGAAGCGUAUGGCAGGAACAAAGCAAAGGUCCAACUCUCCCUGCUUGAGCGUCUUCACAAGCAGCCUGAUGGGAACUAUGUGCUUGUUGCAGGCAUAACUCCGACUCCACUUGGAGAAGGCAAAAGCACAGUGACAAUCGGCUUGGUUCAAGCCCUCUCAGCUCACCUCCAACUCAACUCCUUCGCGUGUCUCAGACAACCAUCCCAAGGUCCUACUUUUGGAGUCAAAGGGGGCGCUGCUGGCGGAGGAUAUGCCCAAGUGAUUCCUAUGGAAGAGUUCAACCUCCAUCUCACUGGAGACAUUCAUGCUAUCACGGCAGCCAACAAUCUGGUGGCGGCAGCCAUAGAUGCCAGGAUGCUUCAUGAAGCGACUCAAUCAGACAAGGCACUGUUCAACCGACUGGUCCCUUCAGUAAAUGGCGUUCGGAAAUUUUCUCCAAUCCAGAUCGCCAGACUGAAUCGUCUUGGCAUCAACAAAGAAGACCCGACGUCACUGACCUCAGCUGAGAUCAGCAGCUUUGUCCGGUUGGACCUCGAUCCUUCAAAAAUAACCUGGCAGAGAGUGGUCGACACCAAUGACCGGUUCCUGAGGAAGAUCACAGUUGGCCAAGCAACCACUGAAAAGGGGCAGAUCAGAGAGACUGGGUUCGACAUCGCCGUCGCGAGUGAGAUCAUGGCCAUCCUGGCCCUUGCAGACAGUCUGGAGGACAUGAAAACAAGACUGGCACGUAUGGUGGUGGGGACCAGCCGUGCUGGAACGCCAGUCACCGCAGAGGACCUGGGCGUGAGCGGGGCACUGGCCGUGUUGAUGAAAGACGCCAUCAAGCCAACACUGAUGCAAACGCUCGAGGGCACGCCAGUGUUUGUCCACGCCGGGCCGUUUGCCAACAUUGCCCACGGCAACUCAUCGGUGCUUGCUGACAAGCUGGCGCUGAAGUUGGUUGGACGGGACGGCUUCGUGGUUACUGAAGCUGGAUUUGGGGCAGACAUCGGCAUGGAGAAGUUCUUCAACAUCAAAUGUCGAGCCUCCGGUUUGAGACCCAAUGUCGUGGUGUUGGUUGCCACAGUUAGAGCGCUGAAGAUGCACGGAGGUGGCCCAAAUGUGUCCGCAGGUGCUCCUCUCCCCAAAGAGUACAUCGAUGAGAACCUCUCCCUGGUGGAUGGUGGCUGCCACAGCAAUCUGAGGAAGCAGAUCCAGAUUGCCCAUCUCUUUGGAGUCCCGGUCGUUGUGGCGCUCAAUGUUUUCAAGACGGACACUCAGGCUGAGAUCGACCUCGUCUGCAAGUUGGCAAGAGAGUGUGGGGCUUCUGACGCAGUUCCGUGCCGCCACUGGUCCCAGGGAGGUCGUGGUUCUGUGGAGUUAGCCAAAGCUGUGAAAGAAGCUGCCAGCAGACCGAGUGACUUUCAGUUCCUCUACGACAUUGAGAUGCCAAUAGCAGAGAAGAUCAGAACCAUUGCUCAGAAAGUGUAUGGUGCUGAUGACAUCAAGCUUUCCCCUGAGGCAGAGGCCAAGAUCGAGUACUACACUCAGCAGGGCUUCUGUCAGUUACCCGUCUGCAUGGCCAAGACACACCUGUCUCUCUCCCAUAUGCCAGACAAGAAGGGGGCGCCCACCGGAUUCGUUCUACCCAUCCGAGAUGUCCGUGCCAGCAUCGGAGCAGGUUUCAUCUAUCCACUCGUGGGAACGAUGAGCACCAUGCCAGGCCUUCCCACACGACCUUGUUUCUACGACAUCGACCUUGACCCAGUCACAGAGGAAAUCACCGGCCUCUUCUGAGCAACUCCUCUCCAGUCUACCUCAACGGUGUCUUCACCCACACACCAACAGAUGAAUCAUUACUGCCAGUCAGCCAUGAAGCUCAUUGGUCUACUCAUUAAGUGCUUCCUUUCCCAGCAACCAUCAUUUGUCUCCUGCAUCUUAAACAGUGUAUACUUCAUUCAUUCCCACUGCUCGAAGGCCAUUAGCGUUCACAGUGGUUGAUGGAGACCUAUGUCUCUGAUGCUGUAUUUACUCAUGUAAUCAGCCAAAGAUGACCUCUGACCUCCUCCUUCUGUUCCUACAUCUGAAAGGCGUCUUCUGUAAACAUCGCUCAUGUACUUGUUGUGACUGUUUGACUGAUGUCUUUUUUUACAUUUUAAUUUUAUUUUUUUAAUGGCGGAUGACAAUACAUGAACGCUGAUCAAAACUCUCUUUACUGUCCUCAGUUUAAGUGUUUUAGGCUGUGAUUGUUACACACCGAGUGAGUCCUGUGGUGGGCAAGUGUGGCCACUGCCUCCCGUCCGAUGAUCUUGGAAGUGCUACUAACUCAUAUAGCUCAAUUGAGUUUUACUGAUGAAUGAAUGCGUGUUUGUCGUUCACUGACAGAAGAACACAGUCACCUCAUAGAGGCUCAGGUUAAUAACAAGUUCAUCAUAACAAUGCCAUUCUGUAUUUGUUAAGCAUACUUUUAUACAUGUUUUAUCAGCUUGCUUUUAUACAUGCGAGAUGUUACACGACAGGAAACCAAUGUUACGUGCAAUUCUUUUAGAGUCCUUAAGGUCUUCACUAUUGUUUCCAAAACUACUUGUUACUGGUAUAUUUAAGAGACCUCUUUGUGCUUUAAAUAAUGUGUACAAGAAUUGUCCAAUGUAUGAUGUGUGUGCCUUGAAGGAAAAAAAAAGUAAAACCUACCAUCAGA